CACUAUCAAAAUGCAGGUGUGCUUUGACAUGAAUUAUACCACGAAAUGUGAGUUUCUUGAGGAUAUCCACCAGUCAGAAGAGUCCAAGCUGAGUCCACUGUGCAGAGAGAUCACUGACAACAGGGUGAAAUCAAGGAAGGAAUUAGAUGGCCUUUACCAGAAAAUCACCGCUUAUAUCCUGCUGCGCUCUGCUAUGGGUUCGCCUACAGAUACCAACACUAUGAAAGAGGCUACAGCUGUCCUGCAGAACGUCUUCCCUCAGGCUGAACUGGGAAACUUUCGAGUGGCCUUAAAGAGAGACCAGGAGCAGCAGCUCAAUGAACUCACCAUGAUUGUUACUGGGAUCCGACUCUUCAACAAAGCCAACAAGAGGGGUGAAGAGGAGGUUGACAUCCAUGAACUAAUGCCUGCAGUUCUUCAAGAGGCUCAUCCAGUCACCAGUAAAAGCAUAGCAAAUGAGCUGUGUGUGACACAGACUUUGGUGUUCAAGUACACUGCUGUGCUGGAGAAGCUAACAAGCUCUGAUGUUCAGCUGGGACAUCCUGACAUGCCCGUUAUUCUCCUCAAACAGGCUUUGUACAAUGCCAGACAGCAUGAAGUUUUCCUAAAGAUGUUACUGGUAAGCUGGCAGUAACUUUAAACAAAAUGUUAAAAACAUGGUAUUUAC